GUUAUGAUGAUCCCACUAAGGAGUUGAACACUAAUUGUUAGAACAUGUCUGUGUUUAAAAAAAAUUAGGCCAGUGAUUAUAACCAUGCUGUUAAUAUCAUUUAUUGUUCAGAGCAUGUUUCAGUUGUGGGAAUCAGAUGAGACCCCGCUCUCCACACCAACCGCAAGAGACAGCCUUGACAAACUUUCUCUAACUGGGCAUGGGCAGCCACUACCUCCAGGUUUUCCAUCUCCUUUUCUAUUCCCUGAUGGAUUGUCCUCCAUAGAGACCCUUCUGACUAACAUCCAGGGUCUACUAAAGGUUGCUAUAGACAAUGCCAGAGCUCAAGAGAAACAAGUCCAACUGGAAAAGACAGAGCUGAAGAUGGAGCUCUUCAGGGAACGAGAACUGAGGGAAACACUUGAGAAACAGUUGGCUGUGGAGCAGAAAAAUAGAGGUAUCUUAAUAAAGCAAACAUAAAUACCUUGUAAUUUU